UUCCGGCUCUUAAAACCCUUCCAGCAGCCCAUCACAGUAGAUAAGCAUUCACCCUCGCAAGCUCCACAGUGCCUCUCCGAUGCGACAAUACUGAUAGGAAAGCAGGAUUUCAAACGGCCCGAGCAGAUCAUCAGGAGGCCAUGAGCAUGUUUGGCUAUCGGCGAGAACUGAGUAAAUAUGAAGAUCUGGAUGAUGAUGAGCUGUUGGCCUCGUUGACAGCUGAGGAGCUACAGGAGCUGGAGAAGGAACUGUCUGAUAUUGAUCCCGAUGGAAACGUUCCCAUUGGACUGAGACAGAGAGAUCAGACCGCAAAGACUCCUACUGGAACGUUCAGCAGGGAGGCUCUGAUGAAAUACUGGGAAAAUGAGACGAGGAAACUGCUGGAAGAGGAAAGAAUUGGAUCUGCAAGUCCUAGACCGAAAGAUGAAGACAGCAGAGAAGAUGCUGAAUGCAUGACUGACACUGAGGAAUCUGAAGAGGAAAAAGAAGAGGUAGAAGAAAACGAGAAAGACAACCAGGAAGCUAAAGAACAAGAAGAGGAGGAAGAGGAAGAAAGUGAACUUGAGGAGCCAGUGACAGAGGAAGAUGAGGAUGAUGAGGAGGAAGAAGAUGAAGAUGAAGAAGAAGAAGAAGAGAUUUGCGAACCUCCAGUGAAUUCUCCUCCUCAACAUCAACAGGAUUUAUCUUUUAACAGUCAGUCCAAUCUGAGACCGGUCGAGCCUGCGAAGCGAAUACUGAUGUGUGAACCAAAAGUCCAAGUUCAGGAGUCCAGUCGCUUGUCAGGAAACCCAACUGUGGUGGAUGAUGUUCUGGAGAAGAUCCUCAACAACGACUCAGACACCAUUGAGGUCAACCUCAACAACAUUGAAAAUAUCUCUCAAGGGACCCUUAUACGCUUUUCCGAGGCCUUGUGUUCCAACACGCACGUGAGGUUCUUCAGUCUUGCUAACACACACGCAGAUGAUCAGGUAGCGAUUGCCAUCGCCAAGAUGCUGAGGGAAAACUGCCACAUCACUAAUCUUAACAUUGAGUCCAACUUUAUAACAGGUAAAGGUAUCCUGGCUCUGGUGCAAGCCUUAACCCGAAACCGAACACUAACAGAACUUCGAUUUCACAACCAGCGGCACAUUUGUGGAGGUCAAGUGGAAAUGGAGAUCGUGAAGUUACUCAGGGAGAACACAACGGUGAUAAAGCUGGGUUAUCAGUUUGACCUCCCAGGUCCUCGUAUCAGCAUGACGACGAUUCUCACUCGCAACCAGGACCUUCAGAGACAAAAGAGAAUUCAAGAGCAGCGGCAACAGCAAGGAGGCGCGGCAACGGCUGCAAACCCGCGAACUGCCGAGCUUCAAAAGAACGGCAUCACGGUUUCUCCUUACGGCUCCCCUCGGAGCUCACCGUGGUCAUCUCCAAAGUUGCCACAUGUUGACAUGUCAAAGAAAAAUGCUCCUCCAUCACCACCUCCCCCUCCACCACCACCACCACCACCACCUCCUCCUCUUCCACCAGCGCCUCCAUCUGAAGCCUCCUCAGAAAAGAAGGCUCCAACCAGGACGAUAGCAGAGCUCAUCAAACGCCAGGAGGCGUCUUCCAAGAAACAAAACCCAAAUCCACCCAAAUCUAAGUCUAAGAAGACCAAGAAAGGGCCAGCGAGAAAGACAAAGACUGACAGUAUCCUAAAAGAACUGAAGAACGCUUUAAAACCCAUUGGAGACAGAGAGAACUCAAGACCUUCAACACCACAACGCUGCGCUCAUGAUCAACUCAUGGCUGCCAUCAAGGGGAGCAGUAUUAGAAAUCUCAGAAAGGUGGAGGUUCCUAAGUAUCUUCAGUAACUGGACCGUAAGACUUUGGACUCAGACCAGAUCCAAAGCAGAAGUGGAAAUCUUCGCAUCACAAAAUCUGUGUAUAUAAAUCCUACUUCAAUGUU